CAGGUGACCAAUAGAAAUACGUUAUAUUAUAGACUCUACGGUUGUCUAGACAUUGCGGUUUAAAGCGUUUAUCUGUUUUUUUUGUAUUCUUUCUUUCGGAGACGUCAGCUGAACUCUACGGUCAUGGCUGAGCGCAGGAAAAACAAAAAGAAGAAGGAGGCUGAUGCAAAAGAUGUUGAUGAAAAGCCUUCUAAAGAAGAAUAUGCAGUGGCAAGGUAUCUUAAACAGAAGCUGCCUGAAAAGAAAACUACACUUUUGGGCCAUAAAGUAGAAUACUUCAUUGCUUGUAAAGCAGUAGAUCUCUUAAUGGAAUCUCCAUGGGCAAAAGAAAACAAGAAAGGUGAAAUGAAUUUUUCUAAUAGAACAGUUGCUAUUGAUUUUAUGGCCAAGUUGCUUGAUCACAAAUUCUUCCAUCGGGCCAAAAAAAUUAUAGUACAGAAAGAACCAAAAAAGAAGAAAAAGGAUACAGAGGAAACCGGUCAGGAAUCAGGGAAAGAAAAAGAAUCUAAGAAGUCUAAAGGAAAAUCAGAGAAGUCAGAAGCCACAGAAAAGUCGGAGAGUAAAAAGGAAAGUGCUGAAGUAGCUGAAAAGAAAAAAGAGAAGAAAAAAAUUAAGCUGGACAUGCACCUGGACCAGUUAUUUAUUGACAGUAAUGAGCCUUAUGUGUGGAUAUAUGAUCCAAUCCCUCUACGAACUUGGAUUACUGGUACUUUAAUGGUAAUUGCAGCUGUGCUGCUCUGCCUUUUCCCACUAUGGCCACAGACUAUUAGACACUAUAUUUAUUAUCUCAGUGUUGCUGCAGCAUUCUUCCUAAUAUUCAUCAUUGGUUUAGCUGUUUUGCGAUUAAUUGUAUUUGUCGUAUUGUGGAUUCUUACCUUGGGCAAGCAUCAUCUUUGGCUUUUACCCAAUCUCACAGAAGAUGUUGGAUUCUUUGAAUCAUUCUGGCCUCUUUAUAAGUAUGAAUACAAAGGCAGCACAUCAGAUAAAAAGUCCUCUGACAAGAAAUCUCAAAAGGAUGAUGAGGACCAAGAAACAAAAAAAAAAUCCGAUGAAAAAGAAGAGGAAAGCAAAGACGAAUCAGCUGGAGAAGAUAAGGAAGUGAACGAACAGUCUGAUGGAGAGCAAAGGAGAAGUGAAGAUGAGGCACAGAAAACAGAGAAUGGGUUUGAAUUUCUGGAAGCAGAGGAAGUCAGCGAGGAAGAGGAGGAGGAUCGCAAAACCAAAUAAAGGAAGUGAUGGCUGCAGAGUGGACAAUGGCAUUUAUUUCUGUUGACAUGAAUGGCGCAAUUGCGUAUGUGUUGCAGAUACCUUAUCACUAUUUUUAUAUAUUUAAAUGUUGCUCUCUCAAUACAUGUUGACCAUGUGGGGAUAAAUGGCUGUAAAAUUGUUUUUUGUGUAUGAAUAUAUAUGGCACUUGAAUGUUCCUA